AUGAAGUUCUUCAAAGCCACUCUGCUGGCCCUCCUCGCCGCAGGGACCGCCCUCGCUGCUCCCGCCACAGAGGAAGUCGAGCGCGUCUCCUAUGACGGCUUCAAGGUCUACCGGAUCUGGACGCACGGCCGCCCAGCCGAUGUCCGUAGCAAGCUCGACGCCGGCCUGGCCAGCUACGAGCGCUGGAACGACGACGGUCUGUACCACAUCGACAUCCUCGUCUCCCCCAGCGAGGUGUCGGCAUUCGAGGCCCUCCACCUCGAGCACAAGAUCCUCCACGAGGACCUUGGCGCUUCCGUCCAGAGCGAGUCGGCGGGCCUCUCGAAGCGCCUCAACGUCCGGGACGAUGAGGACUGGUUUGCCUCGUACCACAACUACACGGACCACAUCGCCUACUUUGACGAGCUGCAGAAGAGGUUCCCCGGCAAUUCCGAGAUUGUCUCCUCGGGCGAGUCAUACGAGGGACGCGACAUCUUCGGUAUCCAUCUGUAUGGCAAUGCCGGUCCGGGGAAGCCAGCCGUUCUGUACCACGGCACUGUCCACGCUCGCGAAUGGAUUGCCGCUCCGGUUGUCGAGUAUAUCACGCUCCAGCUCAUCAACGGGUACACCAAGAAUGAUACCAUCGUCACAUCCGCCCUGGACAAAUACGACUUCUGGAUCUUCCCAUUCGUGAACCCCGACGGCGAGCCUCCCCCCUCCCCCAGUUACAAGAUGAAUAGCACUAACAUCACCCCAGGCUUCGUCUACUCCCAGACAUCCGACCGCCUCUGGCGCAAGAACAGACAACCCGCGCCCCCCAACGCAACCAACCCAUCCUGCUACGGCCGCGACAUCAACCGCAACUGGGAGUUCGGCUGGGACACCAACCCGCGCGGCGCCUCCACAAACCCGUGCGCCCAGACCUACCGCGGCGAAGCACCAUCCGACACCCCCGAGAACAAGGGGCUCGACCGCCUCGUCCGCCGCCUCCGCGACACCUCCAAGAUCAAGCUCUUCAUCGACUGGCACAGCUACGGCCAGUACAUCCUCUCCCCCUUCGGCAACAAGGAGACCCUCUACGCCCCCGAGCUGGGCAAGUGGACCAAGGCCGCCUCCGUGGUCAGCGAGGCCAUCCGCGACUCGUCGCCCAACCGUACCACCUACACCUUUGGACCCAGCGGCGCCGUCCUCUACGCCACCACGGGCGCUGCCCCGGACCACGUCUAUAGUAUCGGUGGCGCUGAGUUUUCUUACACGGUCGAGCUGCGGGACCUGGGCGACUAUGGGUUCGUGCUGCCGCCGGAGCUGAUCCUCCCCACGGCCAAGGAGCAGUGGGCUGGGCAGCGGGAGCUGCUGCCCAUCCUGGACGAGGAGUUCUUUGAUGGUGAUGGUUCGGUCUACUAG